AUCACACGCACCAUAAGUGCAUCAACUCCAUCCACGAAAUGCUGGGCCGGAAGAUUAUCUCUACUCCAGUUGUAUGCCCACAGCAGUAGGCUUUUGAAGCUCAGAGCCGUUUGCCAGUCAUGUCGACUACGGUCGGCAAGCGUAAGCGCGCGAGAAAGGCAUGUAUCCCGUGCCAUCAGCGCAAGCGGAAAUGUGACACUGUGUAUCCUUGUGGCAUGUGCACUACUUAUGGAUAUGACUGCAGGUACACUGAGGACGACAUCGCUGAUACUACGGGUGGUGGUGUACUUUAUCCGCCCUCAGCCAAGCGCGUCAGCCUCGAAGGUGAAAGUCGUCUGACGAACCAGGCCCCCUCAGCGCGCAAUCCAGGCAGCUGGUCUCACAUAGAGCGAAGCUCCCGCGAAGCCGAUAGCUCGUCGACGAAGAGUCCCACCGUUGUGGCCGGCGCGUCCCCGGGCAUCUUUGACGAGCAAAAGUUUAGACACUCUGGGGCAUCGGCGGCCAUGGCAUUUCCACACAUCCUGGGUGUGGCUCUUGGCUCCGAUAGUCCUCCCAAAAUGCGGUCCUUUGCCUACAACUUUGGCAUUCGUCCUGAGGAGGCAUCGAACACUCACUGCUUUCUGGGGAAUCUCAUCUCGGAGAAUGACCUCGGCUUCUUCUCAGGAGUGUACUUCUCAAUAUUGGGUCCCGUCGGUGACGUGAUAGACCCGAGAAUCUAUGCCCAGCGAUGUCAAGAUUAUUAUCAUAGUCCCUCCGGCAGCAACGCGGUCGCCUUUGCCGCUGUGGCUGCUGGUGUAGCCGCUCUCGGGUCGUUCCUGUCCUCUAACAGUCAUCCGCGGGAGUCUGACCUGGUGCAGUACGCCAAAGCCAUUCUCGAUGAUCCGGCCUCUAUGCGAUUGCAUGGUAUCGACCAUAUUGUCGCGUGGGGCAUGCGAGUGUUUUACCUACGGGCCACAACCCGCCCCAGCAAUGCCUGGAUCGCUUCGUGCACCCAAAUGCACCUCUGUGAAGCGAUAGGGCUGCACGAGGAAGAGAACAUCAAGAAGAUGGCGUCGAUCGCCGGCGCCGCGGGCCUUGGACAUGAUUCCGAUCGACUGAGAAGGAUUUUUUGGAUCUCGUGGGCUGGGCAUAACAUGCAGUCUAUUAUCCCAGUAUCAGGUUCCAUUGCCGACCAAUUUGUUCAAUUAAUCCAGAUUAUUCCAUCGCCCAACUCUCCGUUCCAGCUCGAAUGGCAGCCCCCGACUCCAAGUGAGGAGCUAUUUGAGCGUCUCAAGGUAUUGGGUGUGUUCCAAACCACACAUCCAUUCCUGGUGGUGACUAAGGCGGACAUCGCGUUCUGCUUCUAUCGUCGCCUUUACCAGCUCAAGAUCCGCAUACCGGACGAGGUUAUCGAGCUUAUUAUUAAUAGCGGCAACGCUGCUGUGGAGGCAGCCGAGCAGCAAGCUAACCAGGGUCGUCUGUUUUGGAACGUCAUCGGCAGCGUUUUCCAGUAUGCCUGUAUCCUGUUGGCCAUCGACACGCCAGCCGCCUCUGUCCACAUUGGCACUGCCUUCAACGGCUUGGAGAACCUUGUCAAGGCUGCCGAUACAGGGCUGACGCGUGAAGCGUUGUCGAUGGCGCGGCAUCUACUCAGUCUUAAUAUGGCGAAGAAGCGAAAAGAACUUGCUCAGUUGGAAGCUGUCGAAGCCAACUAUCAAUUCUUUCCGGCGCAGCCUGCAUCCGAAACCAACGCGACUGUGCCAGAUAUGGACUGGGCGGUGGACUGGGACCAGUUCUUUAUCGAGCCAUAUCUAUCGAUGCUCGGUCCUGACAUUCAGUUAUAGGACCAAAGAGGUCGUUGAAUAUAUCGAUUGACCUCACUCAGCGGGUAUUCAAUGUAUAAAUUACCGAGCCAUGUUGUGAUAUUCUGGGAUGAUCUAAUGAAGUUCAGCAUUGUAUUUAUGAUAGACUAUGAU